AUGACUGGAAUUCAGGAUCCCUACGCAUUUUCCGUACCGAUCAGCAGUGCCUCCUUGGCCGAGUUUAUCGAGUUCCUUCAGAUGUUUCCCUCCCUGUUUGUCAUUGCUGGAAAUUAUGUUUAUCCGGCGGGCACUCUCGAUGUUGAUCAAAGUCCUGUUUGGGUUAGCUCGAAGUAUACAGGCAUUGAUUCGUUCUGUCCGUGUCUGAACCCAUCUAUCCUUGAUCCACCAUCGCAAAUAUCGUUGCUGUCUGACCCUGUUCUUCGCCAAAACACAGUAGCGUUCUUGCAGAAUUACCUGCUGUCAUGCGGCCCGCAUCGCUUUGUUCCAAUUCAAAGACUGAUAGAUUGUCUUUCCUAUGUCACACCUAUUACCCGCGCCUUAUUUCCUAACAUAAAGUCCCUGUCUUCCUUUCUUCGGCAAUACCCUGAAGUCUUUCAUCUCAAGGAUGGCUCAGUUGGUCUGGCAAAAUUGAAGCGGAAUUCACACCAUAAACACCAGAAUGAGGAUAGAGGAAAUUAUGCCGGUGCCGCGCCCAACGACCAAGGUGUAUUUCCCAACGGAAUUUUAAAAGUUGAAGUCCUCCUCUCGUCAUCGACCGAUUUCACAAGUUCGACGUCUUGUAUACUGCCAGCGUCGGAAUUCUCAGUUAUCCUUGUCCUUAGGCGAAUCCUUCGACCCGCAUUCAGCAAGGGUUUGCAUGUAGCAUUAGUGAUCAAAGAAUUAAUUGCCUUUCCAUAUGAUAUGAAAAAAAUAAUUGGUCUGACGCGAUUCGAGUUGCAUGCGUUUCUCGACAAAUACAAGCAAUUUUUCGAUAUUCUCUGUCCAUCCACUGAGGAUCAGCUCACCGGCGAAGUGGAGCCAGAAGGUGGGAGACCGCAACAUCGCACACCCACUAGCUUUUACGUACGAAUAAACGCGAAUGCGUGGAACAUGCAGUCUCGUCUUCUUGACACUCGUCCUGAGUUACCGAAUGGCAAAGAUCCUUCGCGUCUAAGUCAACAUGUUGGCCGCGUUUUCCGCGUUGCGAAGUCCUGGGGAAUCAUUGACCUCGGGAACCACGUACAUGUGUUCUUCGACAAGUCAAUAUUUCGCAAUGUGUUCGAUUUGCAAAAAGUUUUCCAGGUAUGUCAGUUUGCAAAGCUAUUUACCUGGAAAGCCCUUUUUAUUGUUUUCUUGGUCGCGGAUUGCACGUAAAAAAUUUUCACUCCCUCAAUUUAGUCUUGCUGACCUAGAUAAUCAGUUGUCCACUAAGCGAUUGCAAACUGUUGGACUGAUUUUUUGUUCUUCAGCCUAUUCUCCCAAGAUAAGUAACAAAGCCGUAAGUCCAAAUCCAGUUCAGUGUCUGAUCUAACCCUCCAGGAAUUUAAUUGCGACUUGAAGUUUUCAUUAACUUUGGUUUUCGUCGUAACACCUGUCUCGCAGUCUCGAUCGAGAAGUAGCUGAUAAUAGCGGAGGCAUGUAUAGUGCAUAACACGGUAAACGUUGAGCUUUGCUUAAUUUAUUUGUUCGUCUGAAAUUCUGACACGUGCCAGGCAGCCCUCAGCUUCCGCUUGACUCAUUAACCUGAAGGGUAUGGAACUGUGGCAAGAAUCGGAGGAGCUUUCGUUGAGGAUCCAUCUAAUCAUUUUUGCCUUUGCAAAUACCCCAAGCAUCAGAGGUCACCAUAUCCUCACUUAAAGUAACACUCGAUCAAUGGAAGUUUUCUCAGGCUAACCAUUCGCACCUCGCUAAUGCUGAAUUUUACUUAGUUCAUUUCUAUCCGGUCAACUAACACUGCUAACGUCUGCAAAAAUGUUUACGAGUUUCCACAUGCAAUUCCCGGGUGGAUAGAAAUUCUCCGCCGGUUUUACUGAUUCACAAGACAAUGCCAUUCUGCGCCCCCCAUGGAAUACACGUGUAGUGGUCUCAGUCAGAGAGGCGUCAGUUUGAUUUACUGCUCUAUCUGGCACCUUUGAGGAUACACAAACGAGGGUAAACUUGUGCAGCCUUUUCUCGGACAGUCACUGAGUAGUUGUUUACCAUUUGACGUAUUCUGGAAGGACAUUAUUAUUAUUAUCGUCGACUUCUGGACAGUUUUGCCUCACUUGACAAAUACCCCAUGAAGGUCUUAGAGGCCUAUAACGUUCUCGACACUUCUAAGCUUUGUUUAAGUAAUUGAUUCUCGCGAGCGUAAGGCAUGUGGAGAGCGAGUAAUUCCUUUUUAUCUUUGCUGACACGCAGGCGGAAUGCGGCUGUUUUUUUUUGCGUCAUUGUGGCAAAAGGGCUGGAGUUAGACAAGACCCCGUAGGCGCUCAACCUCUUACGCCUCCCAAGAGCGUGCCUUCUCGACAGUAGAUAGCCUGAACCACAAGCACAAGAACAGAUUUAUUUUCGCUGUCGCCGUCCGCAGCAGGUAUCGCGCGACAGUAGGAUUACACUGACCCGCGGUGCGCAGACAAGCGUGCGAUCUAUCGGGUUCUGGGUAUAGCCAUUGAGUGCCUGGUGAGUGCAUGCCUCACGCGACGCUGGAAACAGGGGGGAUCGUGACAACGAGUGUUUCAGCACUCUCCAAACGGGCUUUCACCGCAUUGUGACCAAGGGAUCUCCUCUGAAUGCAUCUCAGUCUUCUGUCUUGACAGUACUAUAACUGCGACCACAAGGUUACUUAUUCGGGCACAUCUGCCCAUCACUGGGAGUUCCUCAGUGAUGGCCUCUUUUUGCGCGUGGUGUUUGACAAUAGGGCCGUCGAUAACAACACUGCGAAGGCGCACAAGCACGACCUUCGACGAUGCCCAUUCUCAGAACCGGCGAAAUUCAGCCUGGCCGCAUUUGCCAAUGACACCACUCUAGUAGGACUAAACGCAUUCAUCAUCAACUAGCACCCUGACGCUUCGAGAACCAUAACCUAACCAGCGCACCCCAGGGACAGUCAUUGUCUCCUUUUUCUCCCGUUAAUUCACAUAGACUCGACGUUGCCGGUGCUGGGGGAAUUUAAUUCCAGCAUGCCCAUUUCCUUCCUGCUUGCAGAGCGGCCAAUUUUCAUGCACAUCAUCUGGUCCAUUUGCAGAGGCCAGGACGCAUGCGGUCCGACGGACACCCUGACAGGAGUCGUGAUGAGAGGAGUUGCAUGCCAUUGGAAUUCAGGAGUCUGAUGCAUAUUUAGUUCCUUCGUUUUCAAGUCCCCCUCUGUGUGAUAGUCAAGUAUGUAAGAAAGAACAUUUUCCGUUGCGGUUCAGGUUUGCCACGUCGCACUCUCGUCACCGGCGCCUGCGGCACAUUGAGGGGUGGUCGGUUUUGUCAAACCCCAAUCCCGCUAGCAAUAUCACGGUUGGUCUGCGGCUGCCUGUUUAUUUCGCAGCCAAAUCUCACUGAAGUAUGUUACACUAUUCGAUUCUCAUGGAUGCGCUAAGUAACCAGUAGUUAAAAUAACAGGCAGACUACAACAUCGACAAACUCGCCGGGUCGUUCUCAAUUGCGCUAACAGGUACGACUCCACUAUAUGAAGUCUGAUCUUCAGAAUAUCAUCUUUGAUUUUCUUAACCAGGUCAUUUCAUAAACUCCUGCUGUCCGCUGAUAGCGCCGGGAAUCAGUAGGUGGCAACUCCCCGGCCUUUCUAUGGGUGGUAACGCAAUUUCACUACUUUGCCAAUGACUAAGGUCUGCGAUGCCGGAUAUACUCUUUCUUCUUGCAUUCCAUUUGUCCUGAGUCAAUCAAAAAUUUGCCUACAAACUGGUCGACGAGUCUCUCAGGAUAACCAGGUCUGUAGUUCUUCCUUGUUCUUCUCUUUCCAAAGUGUCUUAAGGUAUUGGUUUCUUUUUAUUUCGGCGUCUAAAUCGAAUACGUGCUGGCCCCUUCAAUGGGCACGAAAGACCUCGUUUCGCACCUCGUACUCCCUGCUAAAACCGGCAUGGAAGUUCUCGAUAGCCUUGCUCGCAUCUUAUUUAUUAUUUUUGCUUUCUCUCCAUUCAUGUUUCCGUCCCGAGUACUUAGUUACCGUUCGGGCUGUUACGACGCCCUGCAAGGGCUUCCACAAAAGCGGGAUGUAUUUAUUCAUGCUGUGGCAAAUAAAUGUCUUUUAGCUCUGUUCUGGGGCUUCCCCGGAUUUCGCCAUCAUCUUUCCAGCCUUCCAUUUGUAACUAACACGGCGCUUCUGCACUACUGUAUCAGGACUAUGCAUUACCCAGAUCUUGUCCUCACUUCAUUUGUUUCUAGUUCCUGUAUUUAACUACCUCUCGCACUUGAACUACUCUGUUUAUUAUUUUUGCGAGUUUUUCUGUCUUUAAGAGGGCCUUGCGCUGUCCAAUAAGUCAGCCAGUACAUAAGUAGAGCACUUCAUCGCCACUGUUCUGGCGACCAACCGCAUUAUUACAGCGCAUGCAACCGUGACGCGUGUCUACCAUUUGCGCGUUUUCCGCCCAAUCACGUCACACGGACUGCCAUGUAGCUGACCGAUUCGAAUUUUCUAAUUGGGCUCUGCAGACGCUUGUACGCACCGCUUAUGCAACCUUUACUCCUUGCCAAUACCUGGCAAGAUUUAGGUUAACACAUUAAUUGCCUAAGCAGUGGUUUAUUUUCCUUGCCUUAAGGCGUCACAUUUGUUUGAGAAGCAUUCCUUUGGCGGCACUGAGUGACGGAAUAUGCCAUUAGUUGGGAAGCCGGCUUGAAGCACCAACUGUCUAACUCGGGCUAACGUACCCAGUUCCACAAAGUGCCGCCGAGGCUGGAUCCAGACGGAGGAUGAACGGAGUGGUCAGGGAUUAACAUUAUGGGUUCUAGUGAUAGCAGAGGCUAGUAAGUCGCUUCAUCAUGGGCUUAUGGCUGCACCGUAAUUACGGUACCAAUCGGCUUGUACGUCUGCGGACUGCCCACAGUUCCAAUGCAACCAACCAGCUGCAGUUCGACCCUCGUGACCGACGAUGUCCACCCUGUGUUCCACAGCGAGGUGAGAACAGGCACGGUGACUUGUGCACGAAUUAACUUAUAGGGGUAGUAGACCUGCACAGCAUCUUCCGCACUUUCUCCUCCCCCGCCUGAGCCCGUGUCAAGGCACAGUCAAGACGACCGAAAGCGGGAGAGGGCGCAGGUGGCUGGCGCGGUCAGACCCGCGCCUAGGCGCACCACCACACCCUCUGGUCCGCACAAACGCCUAACCAGGAUUUCGGCCAACAAUAACAUUGAGGUGCGGAGGGCGACAAGGCUUCUAAUUUCCGGCAGCUUGGCCUGCCAAAAAACCACAUUUGUUACGGUGCGCAUUCCCAAUAUCGUCAGCCAGAAUCCAAUAUGGCGCCCACGUUGGUCCAGCGUGGUCCGUUUUGAAACAUUCACAACAAACAACUCACCUGGUGUCGUCUAUAUACGGGCGACACAAGAAAUAACUAUGUUACAUGGUUGUUUCUGGCAGAGAACAUAAUUUUUGGCCAGGCCGUCUAUUUGAAAUGGGCGAAUAAAGAUAACUUUCAGGUACGGACUGAUUGGACAGCGCUCAUUAAGUAAGUACAGUAGCCAGAAUAGCCACUCUGGUGGAAGGGAAUGAAGGACACCCAGCGGCACACACACAUACACACACCACAGUUCGACCGUCGCAGCCGACGAUGUGCACCGUGUGCUCCAGAGCAGGGUGAGAGGGCCGUGAGGUGGAUGCACUGGACUAAGACACAGUCAAGACGACCGAAAGCGGUAGAGGGCGCAGGUGGCUGGCGCGGUCAGACCUGCGCCCAGGCGUACCACCACACCCUCUGGUCCACAACAAACACUUGGCCAGGAUUUUAACCAUUAACAAAAAUAGGUCAGAUGACGCACACAAGUCACUGGGCAACCAUGCACGAGCUGCCUACCCAGGGGGAGUGCAAAAGAAUCUACCGGCAGGGAACCAGGUGCCAGUGAACUGCCAGCGCAUCCCAGGCUGCGAGGCCCGUGGGUUGCAGAAUAAUGGCAUAACCAAACAUCUACACAACAAAUCCCUAACGCCAUUGAAGAUGCACAUCCUGUAACAUAACUCUAAGUUUCCGUCCCCUCCUAGUCGGUCCCGGAAAAUGGGAGCGUCUCCAGGACGCCAGGGACACUUGCAAUGACCACAUGGUGUCUAUUUGUUCCCACUGUGGCCCGUCCUCCCUGCCCACAUUUAGUCCUCGCGUGGAUUUAUUUGGUCCUAAACACAUACUCAAAGACAUCACCUAUCCGCAAUUACCUAUGCCUCAUCCAUCAACCGUGAGAUGCCCUUUACCAAUAUCUUCUCUGACGAAUGGUGCAUUCCGUGCAUAAGUGUGACGCGCGGAAGACGAGGGCGCCCAAUCUCAUCAUGCUCGGAUAGACUGCUGCUACGUAGGAGAGGAAAGAAAGUGGGACCGAUACUAUGCUAUCAUUAUACUAGAUCUGAUGUACUGGGAAAUACUACGACGUACUUAAAAUGUGUGGCUUGCGAGAUUGUCAACUGGCUGUCUGACUAGCUCGGUCCAUUUCAGUACUGAGGGUCGGGCCGCAAUACUCUUUCUUAGAGUGGUCUUCAUGACUUUCCUCACUUCUGUGAUAUCCAAGCCCUCGUGUAACAAGAGUUAGAUGUGUGAAGUGUUAAGUGCUAUAGUAGGUGGGCUAACUCAUUAAAUGUCAACCGAAAUUCGGAAAUGCGUUUUCGUCUCGAAAAGGUUACUUAAGCAGUGUUUUAAAAUUAAUCAUAAUGCAGCAUAAUUCUAUAAUAUUCCAGUUACCUCAGGAUGCCAACUUUCGUAUGAACUUCCUUCCUGUUGCAUGAAAAAACUACAUUCCGUAAAAAUGACUACUUAAAUGACAUGAGUUUUUCGCCUUGAUUUUCGAUGCCUCUAAAAGUCCAAUCAUAUUUCAUGGAAAACAUGCAUAAAAAUAUUCAUCCUUUUAUUCAUUCGGUAGGAAAUCACGUCUUCUAAUGUUAUCCUUGAAGGAGGGACAUAAUUCCGUUUUAAAAAAAUUUUCCAAUACCCCAAUAAUUUUGAACCCGUUCUACCGUCACACUUAGAUUCAGGGUUUCCAAACUACAAGCCGUGUAUUUUCCGCGUAUGGAAAGUCACACAUUUCUCUACGGUAAUAAAGGGGGACCAUAUAGGAUUCAUCAAAUUAAGCAGUGGAUUUGAACCAUAUUGUUAACUUUACAAGCCACAUUGGUAAAUGCAGAGAUAUGACGAUUUAUUAACGGCCAUUUCACAGUAUUUAAAAGUACCACAAUUAGAAACAUUUUUAAAAGAGAAUUAUUUCCCUCCCUCAAGCAUAAAAUUAGAAGAAGACGUAAUUUUCUACCGAAUGAGCAAAAGAAUGAAUAUUUUGAUGCAUUUUUUCCAUGAAAUAUAAUUGGACCUUUAGGGGCGUCGAAGAUCAAUAAGAAAAUACAUGCUACUUAAGUAGUCAUUUUUUACAGAGUGUAGUUUAUGCAUGCAGCUGGAAGGAAGUUCAUUCGAAAGCCGGCUUCCUGAGGUAACCGCAUUAUUAUAGAAUUGUACUGCAGACUGAUCAAUUGUACAACCUCACUUAAUUAAUCUUUUCGAAACGAAAACGCAUUUCGGAAUUUCGGUUGACAUUUCAUGAGUUAGCCCACUUUCUGUAGGAGCGCAUCUGCCUAUGCUGCCUCCUGUGUGUGACACACGAGGACAAACUGUUUAGCCUUCUUAACAACUGCGCCCACGUCCACCUCGGAUCGUCUCCCUCGAGACGUGGUGGGCUGGGGGGUGGAGAGUGAAGCGGAGUAGGGACCGUUUAAGUCUGCGUCUCCAAGACCACAGUCGUGCCCAAAUGGCUACCGUGGCGUUCGAGCCGUGGUGGAUCUCGUGGCUACUGCGACGACGGUCGAACUGUCGUCUUGUGCUUACUUGCUCAGGAUCUUUGCUAAACUGUUAUUCCGUUGUUUAUUUUUCUUAUCUUUUUGCGAUGACACACCUCCCAUAAUGGGAUUGGCAGUAGAGGCCAGUUACUACCGACAGUCCGUACCAACUUAGUGCUAUGGCUGAAGACGUUGCGUCCUCCCACCCAGCUGCGCGUCUUUUGGUGUGUGCCGUUGAGUGUACCUCUGCAUCUGCUGUAGCAUGACAGUAUAACGCCACUCCAGUUACUUGCAUUUAUUCGCCAUACUUAGACGACAAGAACCCCCUGAGGAGUUAGUGCCUGGCGCAUCCACAGGCGGCGGAUAGUUGGACAGUCUUCAUUAAAUAGUUGCCACCAAGUAAGCAGAUUCUGGAAUGUGAACCGUAAUGCCUUCACGCCUCACUAGGCACUGAUCUGGCAGAUCGGUUUCCUGCAAAAAGGCCACGAACGUCGAUGUUAGCCCUAACAGCAAAUUCACAUAUUCUAAUCCCUCACUUACGGGACCAAAUCGAAUUAGCAUAUCCCUUUCUCUUGAACAUAAGUAUGAAAAGAACGGUCCAACAAGCACUGUUCCGCCUUAAUAUCUUUUUCAACCUUAGAACAGGAGAGGCUUAUGCGUUAACAUCUCCCGGAAGCAUCCAUUGAUAUGGUACAAGCCUAGGCGCACUAGCGCCGCUGAGUAUGUUCGUGGAGGCAAGACUGAAAUGUAACCCCUCCCCCUCUCCUCGUGAAAUCCAUGACUACAUGGUUGCCACUCAUUUUCGUUGGGUAGAUGUCUGCGUUUGGUUAUCGACCUCGGAAAUGGCACCUUGGAGAGUAUUCCCACCACCUUUAUUUCCCUGGAUUAUAGUGGUCCAACCGAUGUUUGUCUAUCUAUACUGCAUAUAAUGCAGUUGAAAGUAGAUCCAGCUUGCUUAUUUGUUUGGUAACAGCGUACUUCAUAAAGCCAUUGAACAGGAAGACGAGAUAGCCUCGUACUGCAACAUAAUCGGUCUUUACACCUGUUGACAUGGUACAACAUUCAAUCAUAAUGACAUAUGGUUAUGGGGGGCAAGGUUCAAUAAUUUAACCGUUUAAGGCAUAGGAGGAGGUGCAUAGUAUAGAAAUGCGCGUCUUCACAGACAUUAUGAACAGUAUGCAUCACUGACGUUGGAGUGCUGUUGGAGGUUGUCACCUUCACGAGACACACUGUUGUAUGGGAUUUGGUUUCAUGGGGGGGGGGAGGUUAUACUUCAGUCUGGUUCUCGUAACUAGCCAAUCUGACGGUUGUGUGAGUCAUCGCUCUCCCACAUGUAUAAAUCACUUCAUUCGUGCCUGAAAUUGCGGCUACCGUAGCAACGGCCCCGUCGCCGCCGCACCCCUCACGUCGAUUAUCUGUGCAGCCCUCAUCGGCCCCUUUUUACGCAUUCUCUUAUCCGCUUUUUUUUUUAGCCUAACGAACUGGUGUACUUUGACGCAAUUCGCGCUCCGUUACGAUCCAGGGCCAAAUGGCGCGCGACGCGCGUUUGGAAGCCAGAUGACCACGACAUCCUCCAGCAUGUGCAGUCACCUAAACAGACCAGCGAGGACGACGAUGUGACCGUAACCUGCCUGCCCUUCCUACUACCCUCAGGUCGUGCUCGCUGUGCCUCUGGAGGUUAUAAGACCAGUGUCGAAUCGAUGCCCGCUGUGAUGCACUACUCCUCUUCUUCCACCUCCAGGCCCAAGUUAGCCACGGGGCUGCGGCGUUGUCGGUCCCUGGAGCGUUUUUCAUCUGCUCACACUGCCGUCUCGGCUGCGGCAGCUGUCAGCGCUCGUGCCGCAAAACAGUCAGAUUUUGACCAGUUCAGCGCCCGCACUGACGCCCUCUACCUGAGUGAUGAAGAAGACGAGGAGGAGGGCUUGCGUUUUGAUGAUCUGAAGAUGUCCAGUGCGGCAAGCGACCUGAACGAAUUUCUAACGCGCCGUCUCUUCGGCACCAGCAGCAACGGGACUUCGCCGGCCAGGCGACCGGGCAGUGUCCGCGGUUUCAUCUCCAUCGAUGAGGACGAAUUGCUUGCCUAUGACUCUCUCAAACGUCCCAUAAAACUGCUACACAAUACCGGAGGUCUACUAGCGGACCUCGAAUUCCCUGACUCGGACAUUAGCUGGACACCGGAUAGCCUGUCUCUUGUCAGCCCGGUCGUGCAGAGGGCGGCCGACCAGGGUACAGAGGUCAGCUUCUCUGCCAGCGUCUCCAUCCGACCCACUCGAAACGCCGGCACGCAGACCUAA